GCACACACAUGCGCGCGCACACACAGCCUGUGUGUUUGUCAGAGUGGAUCCGAGGGAGCGGAGCUAGCCGCCAUUUUCUCAGCGUCUCUCCCUAAAACGAGAGAAAAGGGCUCGCGUCAAACUGCCGUCUGGAUUACCGAUCUCUCAGCGGGAAUCGGAUUUUUCGGUGACGGAUUGCGGUGAAAUCGCCUACAUUUGAAGUAAACCGGGGUAGAAAGGACGGUUUCACGGCCUUGUCUUGAUAUAUUCGGCGAGCUAGCCGAGGCGAGCAAGGUGUAGAUCGUUGAUUCGCCCAUUGCAUGAAUCCGGAACGAGCCCGAGCGGCUCCGUGAGCUGGGCCUCUUUCUUUGCUGUUUUUUUGGGGGUUAAUCAGUUUUUUUAUUUUUUAUUUUUUGGAUUAAUUAAAUGGCAGAGUGAUCGAACCGAGCCGUGUUUUUCGUGUUAGCACCGUUGGGUUUUUUCCACCAGAAAGCUGCAGAGGGGAUUGUUGCCGAAAUUCCCUCGGAUAGUGCAACCUCGUCACGUGGCUGUCCUCAGGUGGGGCAGUAAGCGGGUGGUGUGGAGCAGGCCGCGGUGCCCGUCCCUCUGCACUGCAUGGCUGCGAUGGCGCCCGCUCUCACCGACGCCCCAGCCGAAGCUCACCACAUCCGCUUCAAACUGGCUGCCCCAUCCUCAAGUCUCUCACCGGCCAGUGCAGAGAACAACGGUAACGCCAGCAACAUCCUUCUCCACAGCAGCGGCCCCGCUAAGUGCAAGGCCAACUCCGAAGAGUGCCCUCUCGACUUUUGUGGCGGCGACCAGGAACAGCAGCAACAGCAGCAGCCCCAAGCCGACUCCGUGGCUCAGGCCUCGGCCCUGAGCAAGCUCCAGCCGCUGGUGGCUUCUUACCUGUGCUCUGAUGUGACACCUGUCACCACAACUAAGGAGUCAAUCAAGCUGCAAGGUGUCCUCAUCAAACAGUCUGUGUUGAAAAGCCACAGAAUACUCAACGGCGGAGGAGACUUCCUGUUGAGGAAGAGGCAGGCGAUAGAACUCUCUGGUGGUCAGCUCAAAAGCCUCAUGAGUGGCAGCACCAACGGAGGUGGCCAGCCCAUGGCACCUGUCAACGGCCUGGCCAAGAAACUGGCCACUAUGUCUGGCCCUGGCUGCGUGGUGGCAGUGAACGGUGACAAGCCUUCUGCCACCACAGACUCUCAGUCCCAGAGCCUGCCCUUGGACUCCGAGACCUUGACAGCUACUUUAUCAGGGCAUAUCCCGAUGAAAGGAACCCUUAAACAGAAGCAUUCCUCUGGGGUUUCUCAAAAUACAGAUGGAAAAAACCUUGAACCACAAGUGCUUCAGUCUGUUGCACUUUCCCCUUUUACCCAUGAUAACCCUAACCCCACUGAACAAGCGAAUUUGGAGGAGGCUGAUUCACACACGCCUACCAGUCAGUCACAGGGUUCUGAUAGGGAGAGACCAGGUAGCAGCCAGCAGGGCUCCCCGUCUUGCACACCUGCACCACAGACUCCCCUACCCUGUAGCUCUUCCUCAGACAGCCUUGACGCUCACGUCAGGGAGCGCACCCUUCUCAACAGCAGCCGCCAAGCUGAGAUCGAGAGCCGGCUACGGCGCCUGCGCAAACGUCUUCAGGUUGUACAGGCCAAGCAGGUGGAGAGGCACAUCCACCAGCAACUCGGCGGCUUCUUGGACACGGCUCUCAACCGUCUACUGGUCGGUAACCGCAAAUCGGAGGCGGCGACCCCCACGGCUACAUGGAGGACUGGACGCCACUCUUCCUCAAACAACAGAGAUGGCCUCAGUCGCUUCCUGAAAAGCGGCGCCAUUCCCUUGGAGCUGGAGAGGCUGUACCUGAGCGGGUCGGCCAACCUGCAUUCAGCAGAAAGCGCCUUUGACUCCGAUGUAACAGAAAGUAGCUCUGGAGGGGACUCUGAUCUGGAGGAGGAGGAGCUGGCCAGAGUGGACAUUGAGCAGCGACAUGUGAAAAUAUGGAAGCGGGCCGAGAGCCGCUACACUGUGGAGAGAGCUGCUAUCAUCAGCCACUGGAACUGGCUCCAGGCCCACAUCUCAGACCUGGAGUACCGCAUCCGACAACAGACGGACAUCUACAGACAGAUCCGCGCCAGCAAGGGCUCAGUAGAGUCGGGCGGUGUCGCUCCCAGCGCAGUGUCUGCAGGUGGGACAGAAGUGAAGACAGAGCCUGUAAAUACUCAGGAUGGCGGUUCAGAGCGGUUGGAGCACACAGGCCCCGCCCACGUCACCAACGCAGAGGCCGGCCCCUGGAAAGGUCCGAACGCACAACCCGUCAACGACGUCCUCAGCAGGAUGGCAGACAGUGCGGACACCAAGCACCAGCAGGCCUACGACAGCACAUGCGUGGCCGCGCGCACACGACCACUCGUCAGCUGUCGGCGGCGGCGACUCAUUCAGCCCAACGCGGUGCCCAACCUGAACGGCAAGGCCCAGAGAAGCAGCUGUAUCCAGUGUAACUGCAGGAUUAACCCCAGCUGUGUGAUGUGCGGUGGCUGGCCCACCCCCAGAGAGGACCCCCAGUACGAGCUGCCCACCCUGGAGCGCCUGUCGAGACUGGAUCUUGGCGUCCACCCUAUCCUCUCCUUCCCUGACGACGUCUGCAUAGGCCUCCGUCUGCAGCAGGUGAUGAAGAGCCAGUGGCAGAGCAAGUCGCUGGAGAGGAGCAAACCACUGAAGAAGCUCUCGCUCAAACACAAGCUGUCCUCGUCCAAAGAGAAGCACAAGUUCACCAACUCGCUCAUGGCAGUCAGCGUUGCAGGACUGGGCCACUAUAAGAACCGUGCGGAGAAGCCGAGGACGGCGGACAGCAGCGUGGGCGGCAGCAGCAGCAGCGCCGUGCUGAACACACCUCGGCUCGAGGGCCAGGCUGUGUGCAAGACCGAGCGUCUGCAGGCCAUCUCCACCCCGCUGGGGCCCUUCGACAAGAACUACAGCCGCAAGAGGUUAAGAGAGCACUCGCUGGACCGCGCCGACACCUCCCCCAAACUCUUCCUGGACUCGAGCAGCCCCUGCCCGACUCUGGCCAACAUGCACUCGUCCCUUCACAGCCCGCUCACCCGUCAGCUGUCCACGUCUUCAGAGAACUCCACCCCGCUGGGCCCGGGCAGCCAGAGCAUCCCGAGCACAUCCCAGCAGCAGCCCAUCAAGAGGAGGCGAGGCGAAAGCUCCUUCGACAUCAACAACAUCGUGAUCCCCAUGUCUGUGGCCGCCACCACCCGGGUGGAGAAGCUGCAGUACAAGGAGAUUCUCACACCCAGUUGGCGGUCCGUGGACAUUUUCUCUCAGCCAAUCACUGAAGAGGAGAACGAGCGGGAGGUGGAGGACCUGACAGACGCAGCCUUCACCCAGCACCACCAGCCCUACGAGGACCAGGAGCGUUCCCGCUGGACUUGGAUGGCUCUGGCUCCUGCUAAGAGGAGGGGCAGCAGGUCGUACAAAUCUGUUGACGGGCGGACCACGCCGUUGCUGUGCGGGACCAACCCUCCCACCCCUCAGCCUGCAUCCCCUGACCCGGGCCACUGCCCCAUGCUGCACGACUACAGCCACGUGCCGUCGCCCAUGAGCCCAGCCAGUCCCGACACCACCUCCAACCCCCACACGCCCUGCUCCAGGGACUCCCACCGGCUGCUGUCCAGCGAGGACACGCGGUGCUCUACGCCGGACUUCACCUUUGAAGAACGGACGGUAGCGCCGUGGGAGCGCCGCAGCUUCCCUUUGCCAGAAGACCCGGCCCCGGAGCCCGAGGCGGAGAGCGACCACCACAUCAGGCCCAGAAUGCGCAGCAUCUCAGGUUGCCGAGCGACGGCCUACGGACGCCUGGAUUCGGACGACAUGGAGAUGCCUUGCGAGGACGACGCCGGCGUCCCCAAACACAAGGCCUCCACCCACCGAUGAAUGACUGACAGGCUGAGGUCCCUCCAUGCCCGCCCUCGUCCCGCUCCACCCACAGCUCCUCUCUGGCAUUAACAAGCAGAACCUCAAUGCAGAAUAAGAUAUUAAAUGGGUUCCUGUUGUUUGAUAUUCAAACAUCAGUCUAAUACUUUCACAGUUUUUAGUGAACAUUAUGGAGAUAGAAGCCUUUCCCUACACUUGUUUUUGUCACAGGAAAAAAAAGGAUAAAUGUAAAAAAACAAAAAAAGUAUAAAACAACACGUUACAAAAAAUGUUUUCUGUAGUAGGCUAAACAAUGUACAUGGGGGCUUAGUGGUGUUCAUAUGUCGCGUGUACACUUGUAGCGCACUAUGUAGCGGACUCCUCAAAAUAUGGCCAAAGGGUGUUUUCUAUUGACUAGUUUGCUUGUAAUUCCCAUGUACAUUUUUAGUGGAGUGACAAAUAACAAAACAAGAAAAAAUACCCCCUCCUCCUCCUCAUCCAAAUAAACAGGUACAUUUGAGAUGUGGUUCCUUCUUCUCCCUCUAGAGGUCGCCUGAAAAUCACCAGAGCACUUCUCCAACUGCCAAGUCGAGUUUUGUUGGUUUGCUUUUUUGUCUUGUUUGUUUUCUCAUUCCUGACAUGUGUUUUUCUUUGUGUCUGUUCUGUCCGUUCCAGCGUAACACAUUCUCUCUCUCUCUCUCUCUCUCUCUGCGUGUUUUUUGAAAUAGUAAAAAAUCAUUCCUCUCUCUCUCUCUUGUUUGGAGAGCGUCCAGCUCCUGUCUCGCCCCGCGGCCUCUCGCUCAGUUCUGUUCUUUCUCAUGAAGAAGAGGGUGACGGCGUAGAGAGGGACUGGGGGUGUCUGUUGGUUUUUGAUUUUGAGCACUUGCCCGACAGAAAGCGCUGCUGCAUGCUGAACAAACAUGCUCAUGUUAGUCUUAUCACGACGGCACCGUUAAGAUUUCCACUUAUUAACAACAGAACGAAGCGGGGGGACGAUCUGCUGACUUCACGCCCUUCAGUCGUUGCUGUAUUAGAAAAAAAAGUGAAAUUGUGGCAAAAUAAAGACGUGACACUCUUCACCGCCCGCACACACUUCCUCUUUUUUUUUUUUCUGGGUUUCAAAUGUAGCAGCUCAGCUAGAAGCCACCCCGAGCUCAGGUUUCAAAUUUAAGGGAAUAUUUUCUGCUGUUUAGUUUCACUCUGAUCAGAUCUGCGAUUGCAAAGAUGGGUUUUUUUGUUUCUCCCACAUUGUCAUAACCUCCACCCUGCUCCACCCUCCUCCCCCCCUUAAGUAACUAAUUGCUAUGCAAAAAAAAUCUAUGGUUGUUUUCAUUUUACACCUCCUUUUUAUGCCACAGCCAUUCAAUCACUUGUUUUUUUGUUUUUGUUUUUCUUUUGUAGUUAAGCAAGAUGUCAAUGUACCUGUUCGAUUGUUGCAGCAGUUAACCUAAUCAAAAAGCAGAAUUGUUUUUUCUUUUUUGUAAAUAGUACCAUUAAAACAUUUAUGUUUAACUUGG